GCACACAGACGUGGAGUUUUGUAGGAUAGACUUUGUAUUGGCUACAGGGCUGCUGGCCUCUCGUUCUUCAUUUCUCUCCUAAAGAGAACCAGCAGGAAUAUUAAGCAGCCUUCAGAUCUCUCUGGACUGCUUGUUGGAGGGAACUGAGGAAACUUUUAUCCCCAAGAGUCUUGCAGAGUACCUGGCCCCAUAGACAAAAUGAGUGACUUGCUGGACGAGGGCUCUUUCAUGUUCACGUCAGAGUCCGUAGGAGAGGGACAUCCAGACAAGAUUUGUGACCAGAUCAGUGAUGCUGUCCUGGACGCUCACUUGAAGCAGGACCCAGAUGCCAAAGUGGCUUGUGAGACGGUGUGUAAGACUGGCAUGGUGCUGCUCUGUGGAGAGAUCACAUCUCGGGCCGUCGUGGACUACCAGAAGGUGGUGAGGGACGCCAUCAAACACAUCGGCUACGACAACUCUGAGAAAGGUUUUGACUACAAGACGUGUAAUGUGCUGGUGGCUCUGGAGCAGCAGAGUCCGGACAUUGCUCAGGGGGUCCACGUUGACAGACAGGAGGAGGACAUUGGAGCGGGAGACCAGGGUCUGAUGUUCGGUUACGCCACAGAUGAAACCGAGGAGUGCAUGCCUCUCACCAUAGUCUUAGCCCACAAACUCAACUCAAAGAUGGCUGAACUCAGACGCAACGGCAUCAUCCCCUGGCUGCGUCCUGACUCUAAAACACAGGUGACAGUACAUUAUGAUCAGAAGGAUGGAGCCGUGAUCCCCAAGAGAGUUCACACCAUCGUCAUCUCUGUCCAGCACGAUGACUGCAUCUCUCUGGAGGAACAGCAGAGGGUCCUCAAGGAGAAGGUCAUCGACGCUGUGGUUCCUGCUAAAUAUUUGGACGACAAGACCGUCUACCACCUCCAGCCCAGCGGUCGCUUCGUUAUUGGAGGACCCCAGGGUGAUGCUGGUGUGACAGGCAGGAAGAUCAUUGUAGACACAUACGGAGGGUGGGGCGCUCACGGUGGCGGAGCUUUCUCUGGCAAAGACUUCUCAAAGGUGGACCGCUCCGCUGCCUACGCCGCUCGCUGGGUGGCCAAGUCUCUGGUCAAAGCCAAACUGUGCAGGAGAGUUUUGGUACAGGUAUCUUAUGCUAUCGGAGUGGCCCAGCCUCUGUCCAUCUCCUUGUUUACCUACGGUUCCUCCCAGAAAACAGAAGCAGAGCUGCUCCACAUUGUCAACAAGAACUUUGAUCUGCGGCCAGGAGUCAUUGUCAGGGAACUGAACCUGAAGAGGCCGAUCUACCAGCAGACAGCCUCUUACGGCCACUUUGGUCGACCAGAGUUCACUUGGGAGAUGCCCAAAAAGCUUGUCCUCUAAAGCUCUUCUUGGCUACAACUGCCACCCCCGUCAACAUUUUUUUUGAUAGGAACAACUAAAGCCAAAGUUAGGGAUAAGUCAGCUUUAAAGAGGUGAGAAGGUAAUUAAAUGCACACGUGGUUGUAGCCAAUGGACAUAUAAUGGGACACUCUCCCAAUGAGAGAGAGGACAUCUCAGUAACUACCACAUCUCCCCCGUGUCCUCUUCAAACAUCCAAUUAUUGGUGCUGUAGAAAAAAUACUCACUAGUUAAAGAUCUUUCCUGGUAACGUAGAGAACACCACAGCAAAUAAAAUCCUCUGAAGAUAAAAACUUCCACCCUGUUUUACCUCAAAGCUGCCAAUGUUCCUUUACGUGACCAGUAUGAUGUACAGAAACAACCUCGGUGCUUCAUUUACAACAGUUAGUAUUUCAUCAUAUGAAUGUGAGAAGUGUAAUUACUGCUCAACCAAAGCUUUAGAGGAAACUUUAAUCUGUUUGUCAUGACUGUAAAAUUCCUUUUUCUGAGUCUUAUUUUGUAAUGUGUGCAGCAGGAAGCUGUUUGCACUGUUACAAUCACCGACGCACAACAACACAGGUCAUUAAAAUGUGGGGAGAGCCCUUAUCUCUUAUGUUACAAUCAAUCAAAUGUAAAAUAGCCAUGCAGUCUUAUGUUUCCAUACUGUUCUUUUCUUCUGUCAUCCUCUGAGCCCUGCUUUGCUUCCAUAUCAAGUUGCUUUUAUAGCCGCACAGCUCACCUAAUGGCUGGUUUGUCUGUAUACGUCUUCUUUUUUUACCUGCAGGCCUGCUGCUGUGACUGAGUCUGUAAAUGUGACUCAUUUAAGCAAAUAACUUGAAGUCUCUUAUCUCUUCGCUCUCUGCAGCGGAUCAACAAGCUGCAUGCUGUCGAGACUAAAGCACUUAGUGCACCACAGAUGUCUUACAUAUGCAUAGGUUAUAAGCCUACGCUGAUCCAAGUCAAUAUCAGACCGAAUUCCUUGGUGUAAAUGCUCCUUCAAUAUCUUAACUCAAGUUUGCUCUGCAGCUCUGUAUCGCAGACUGAGAUCCUUCCCUGUGGAUUUAGAGGAAAAAAGGGAUGUAUUCCUAGCAGGGUAUUUAGAAAAUUGAAUUUUGAGUCAGCUUUCGCCAUCGCUUAAUCACAGAGUAUUAUCUAAUUCUUUCCUUCUGAUGGGACUGAGGAAGUGUAAACAGUGCUUACCUUAAAACUUCCUGUCUGUAGAGGUGUAGGAGUGGUGUAGGUGUAACACCCUUUGCUUUCACUCACAGCCGGCAUUGUUUUUGUAAGAGAGGUUUUCCUCUGUUUAAUGUGCCGAUCUGUGUCAUUUUCUGUCGACUCUGUCGGCAGAGAAACUGGACAAUGUAAAUAAUUAAACAAUAAAGAAAAUUAAAGAUGUA